UUCUCUCUCUUCACUCUCUCCUCACACGCACACACAAAACAGCCCUUCUCUCCCUCUGCAAUCUCUACGUUCUCUGUCUAAUCUCUCGUCUAUUGUCAAUUCCAAAAUGCGUGAGAUUCUUCACAUCCAGGGCGGUCAAUGUGGGAACCAGAUCGGAGCCAAGUUCUGGGAAGUGAUCUGUGACGAACAUGGCAUAGAUCACACCGGAAAGUACAGUGGCGACUCUGAUCUUCAACUCGAACGGAUCAAUGUCUAUUAUAAUGAGGCGAGUGGGGGAAGGUACGUUCCACGGGCGGUUCUGAUGGAUUUGGAGCCCGGGACCAUGGAUUCACUUCGAUCAGGACCCUUUGGUCAGAUCUUUCGGCCGGAUAACUUUGUGUUUGGUCAAUCUGGUGCUGGGAACAACUGGGCUAAAGGGCAUUACACGGAAGGAGCUGAGUUGAUUGAUUCGGUUCUUGACGUUGUCAGGAAAGAGGCCGAGAAUUGCGAUUGUUUGCAAGGAUUCCAAGUAUGCCACUCCUUGGGUGGAGGCACUGGUUCUGGCAUGGGAACACUUCUUAUUUCCAAGAUCAGGGAAGAGUAUCCAGAUCGUAUGAUGUUGACGUUCUCUGUUUUCCCAUCCCCUAAGGUCUCAGAUACAGUUGUAGAGCCGUACAAUGCUACCCUCUCCGUGCACCAGCUUGUUGAGAAUGCCGAUGAAUGUAUGGUCCUAGAUAACGAAGCUCUGUAUGACAUAUGCUUCCGCACUCUCAAGCUUGCCACUCCCACAUUCGGUGAUCUCAAUCACCUCAUCUCUGCCACCAUGAGUGGUGUUACAUGCUGCCUCCGGUUCCCUGGACAGUUGAACUCUGAUCUCCGGAAGCUUGCAGUGAAUUUGAUACCCUUCCCCCGGCUUCACUUCUUCAUGGUUGGGUUUGCACCCUUGACAUCUAGAGGCUCCCAGCAAUACAGAUCCCUUACCGUCCCCGAGUUGACCCAACAGAUGUGGGAUUCCAAGAACAUGAUGUGUGCCGCUGACCCACGACAUGGCCGUUACCUUACUGCAUCAGCCAUGUUCCGUGGUAAGAUGAGCACCAAAGAGGUUGAUGAACAGAUGAUUAAUGUGCAGAACAAGAACUCCUCCUACUUUGUUGAGUGGAUACCCAACAAUGUCAAGUCCAGUGUAUGUGACAUCCCACCAAAUGGUCUGAAGAUGGCAUCAACAUUUAUUGGAAACUCGACCUCUAUCCAGGAGAUGUUCCGGAGGGUCAGUGAACAGUUCACAGCCAUGUUCAGGAGGAAGGCUUUCUUGCACUGGUACACUGGUGAGGGCAUGGACGAGAUGGAGUUCACUGAGGCUGAGAGUAACAUGAAUGAUCUGGUGGCCGAAUACCAGCAGUACCAGGAUGCAACCGCAGAUGAUGAAGAGUAUGAGGAAGAGGAAGAAGAGGAGAUAGUUGCAUGAGGUAUCUCAAAUUUGACUUCUUGUUCCGGGACUUAUAUUUUGGGUGCUGCUUGUUAGUUGGUGUGACCAUCUUGCUAUGAUGGUGAAUAGUUAGCAUGUCUUGUAUGGGAUGUAUACGUGUUGUGCCAUGUAUUUGAGUUUUGUUGUGUGAUUAUUGUGUUACAGAGUUUAUUAUCUUCUGUUCCUUUUCCUUUUUCCUUUUGAAUUAUACUUGGAUGUGGUACA